UAUAACCCCGCUUAUUAUUACAAAAUUUGAAAUUCAAUGGCUACUUACUUUUCGACUUUUGCAUCUUCUCUCAUAUUAAGUGUUUUUAUGUUGACGAGCUUCGAUUGUUUUGUCACGGUGGUGAGUGCGAGACAUCUUUUGGAGAUGCCACUACCUAAAGUGUUUGAAGAGCUUCUGAAGCCUGAACUACCCAGUUUGUCAAAGCCUGAGCUUCCUCCGUUGCCAAAGGUUGAGUUACCUCCUUUGGAAACGCCUGAAGUGCCUGAAUUUUCGAAACCUGAGCUCCCAAAAUUACCUCAAUUGCCUAAAUUUGACGUACCCGAAGUACCAGAAUUGCCUAAUGUGCCUAAACCUGAACUCCCUAAGUUGCCGGAAUUGACACCUCUCCCAAAGCCUGUUUUGCCUACCCUUCCAAAGGACAUUCCUAUUCCUUCAUUCAACCCACCACAUACAUCUACCAUCAAACCUUGAAUACCAUAUUCAACUUUGGUUUACAAGAGUUGAACUAAACAUACAUUCCUAUACGAUUGGAAAUUAUAUAUUUUUUUCUC